AUGGCGUCUCCGCCGAUCCUGGACUGGCAGUUAGACGAGGACAGAUUUGUGGCGCUUUUGGAAAAGUUGAUCAACGAGGCGCGAUACCUUCAGAACAACCCUCCUGAGUGCGUGCCCAAGGAGGACCGCGCAGUACGCCACGUUCUAGACGUGCUGCAGCCCUACAGUGAGGAGGAGGGAGGCCCGCUGUACAUACAGCACGUGAGCUACGUGGAGGGGCGGGGGAACCUGGUCAUCACGUACAAGGGCUUGCACCCCUCCAGCGUGCUCUCCUUUGUCGGCUGUCACAUGGACGUCGUCACUGCCAACCCCGACGACUGGGUACCACCAUCCCCCUCUAACCUCCUCUCGUUCGUCGGCUGUCACAUGGACAUCGUCACUGCCAACCCUGAUGACUGGGCGCCACCAUCCCCUCUAACCUCCUCUCCUUCGUCGGCUGUCACAUGGACGUCGUCACUGCCAACCCUGAUGACUGGCACUUCGACGGUCGACCCCUUCACUUUCUCUCGGGACGGGGACAAGCUGAGGGGCAGAGGCACCACGGACUGCCUGGGCCACGCGGCACUCGUCACGGAGCUCAUGCGCUGCCCCCUCCCUCUCACAUUCUCUCUUCCCCCCACCCCACGUCCCUCGCCUCUGCUUCACCAGGACUUCGACCCCUUUCACCUUUUGAGACAAAUUGAGAGUCAGGGGCGCAACGGACGGACCGCCUGGGCCACCUCUUUCCCCCCUCUCACAUUCUCUCAUCUCGUCCGCCCUCUUCCCUCGCCUCUCCUUUACCAGGACUUUGACCCCUUCACAUUCUCCCGAGAUGGGGACAAGCUGAGAGGCCGCGGCACCACGGACUGCCUGGGCCACGUGGCGCUCGUCACGGAGCUCAUGCGCCAGCUGGCAGUCUGCCGCCCGGAGCUGGGCGCGACAGUGGUGGCGGUGCUGAUAGCCAAUGAGGAGAACGCAACAGUGAAGGAUAUUGGAGUGGAUGGGCUGGUGAAGGCAGGCCUGCUGGACCACCUCAGGAACGGACCCCUCUUCUGGGUGGACACGGCAGACAAGCAGCCGUGCAUAGGCACGGGGGGCAUGCUGGCAUGGAAGCUCAAGGCGUUUGGGAAGCUCUUCCACUCGGGGCUGCCACACAAGGUGAAGUGGUUUGUGCUUGGCUCACAUAGAAGUGAAUCACGUGCCCAGCCCAGCCCACAACGUGCUCUCUUUAGUGCCAUGAGCAGAGCUCAAGGCGUUUGGGAAGCUCUUCCACUCGGGCCUGCCACACAAGGUGCUCUCUCAUCGGCUUUGAUGGGGUCUGCAUCGCAAGGUGCAGUCAUAACUGUCACUAAGUGCCACAAGCUGGCUAUGACAGCACUGGCGGAGAUGCAGACCCGCUCUUACCACCUUCUCCUGUGUCGUCUCCAUUUCUCUCACUCCAGCUCCAAACCUCUGCACUCCAACCUCACCCCUGUGAACCCCUUUACACCCCCCUCUCUCUUCCAGGCAGUGAACCCCAUAGAGCUCGCCAUGACAGCACUGGCGGAGAUUCAGACCCGCUUCUACCACCAGCCCCCCUCACCCCAACUGCACCCCUCUGCACUCCUUUGCACCUUUUCCCUUCCAGGCGGUGAACCCUAUCGAGCUGGCCAUGACAGCACUGGCGGAGAUACAGGCCCGCUUCUACCAGGACUUCCCUCCGCAUGCCAUGGAGAAGACGUAUGGGCGGUGAACCCUAUCGAGCUCGGCAUGACAGCCUUGGCGGAGAUUCAGACCCGCUUCUAUCGGGACUUUCCUCCUCACGAGAUGGAGAAGACGUAUGGGUUUGCCACACCAUCGACCAUGAAGCCCACUCAGUGGUCGUGUGAAUCCGGGCGGCAGUGUGAAUCAGAUCCCUGGGGAGUGCACACUUGCAGGGGACUGCAGGUAGUGUCGCUGGCCACUGCCCUCUCUCUCCCAUCCCUCUGCAGUGUUGACGAGGCGGCAGCGACGCGGAGUCAACACAUGGCAGGCAUAGGCACCAAAUUGUACCCCAUGCGCUCAUGUGCUACUUGGGCCCACCAACUCACACCGCACUUCACCUCUCCGCAUGCCCUCCCACCCCCCACCACCGCAGUGUGGACGAGUGUGGACGAGGUAGCAGCGAAGCUGAGGGAGUACGUGGCAGACAUAAACGCCAACCUGUCCACGCUCUCAGGCCCCGGCCCGUGCUCGAAAUUUGUUCUGCCCGAAGAAAAUCUGCAGGGCAGACUCGAGCUAGAGAUAGCAGAGGCGCCGAUGAAGGGCGUGGCGUGUAACCUGGACUCGCCUGGUUACCACGCGCUGGUAACCGCCACGAAGGAUGUGAUGGGCGAGUGCAAGCCGUACUCCAUCACGGGAUCCCUGCCGUUGAUUCGCGAUCUGCAGGAGGCAGGAUUCGAUGUGCAGACCAUGGGAUAUGGUGUCAUGGCCACUUAUCAUGCGCGAAACGAGUAUGCGCUGCUAUCCGACUUCAAGCUCGGCUAUCGCGUCCUUACCAACCUUAUACACCGCCUCUCGUAA